AUGGUGGACUAUUCCUUAAGUAUGCCUUUGCAUCGUGAAAAUUUAUUAAAAAUUCUUCCUAAUUCCUUCAGAAAUAAUGAUGACCUAAGUGAACAAAGUUUUUUUGAAUGUCGCAUAUUCAUCAUUCCGCAUCCAAAAGCCAAAUUUACGGAAGAAGAGGCAACCAUUCAGAGAGGUAAAUUUAUAUUAAGUAUAUUUUGGAAGCCUACUCUUACAUUAAAAGUCAAAUUCCAGUUUGAAUUAAUCCGAAAAUAUUUAAAUAAAGGUGGAAGUGUAUUGAUCCUAAUGAGCGAAGGUGGAGAAACUGAAGCCAACACAAACAUCAAUUUUCUGCUCGAAGAAUUUGGUAUUUCCUGUAAUGAUGAUGUAGUUAUUCGAACUGCAUACUGGAAAUUUUUUGAUCCAAAAGAAGCAAUAAUUUCUAAUGGAAUACUGAAUCGAGCAAUUCCAUUAGCAACUGGAAAACAAUUUUCAAACUACGAAGCCGAAAAUAAUGCACAAGCAUUGUGCUUCGUAUAUCCGUUCGGAUGCACGCUAAAUGUUAGCCGCCAUUCGGUAGCUGUUUUAUCCUCCGGAAGUGUUUGUGUUCCUGUUAGCCGCCCAAUUUGCGCUUUUCAUAAAUUGCCUAAUAUUGGCGGAAAAUUGGUUGUAAUUGGGUCCAUUCAUAUGUUUACCGAUCAAUACAUAGAUAAAGAAGAAAACUCGAAAAUUUGGGUAAUCAAAUCGAAAUACAGCAUUCUUGAUUUGUCAAAGUUAGGGAACGGAAUAGAAGGCCUGCCUCUUCAAUCAGUUCUUAUUGCGGUUGUCCUAAAUAACGAUGAAUAUUUACAGGAAGUUGUCAUCAAAUAUCUAAUGGGAGAAGUAGAGUUGAAUCACAUCGACAGCAGCGAGCCUGAUCUCAUCGAUGCUCAUCCCAUUCCUGACCACAUAAAUAUUUCUGAUCAAAUCAAAGUAUGUUUGCAAGAAGGAGAUUUCGAAAUUGCGCGUAGUGGUGAUUUCUUAAAGCUUUUUGAUCUGAGUCUUUACUCUAUGGAUCUAUCAUUAUGGGCCAAAUCUAUCGAAGCUUAUUCUCAACUCGAAUUAAAAUAUGAACAGCUGUCGCUAAUUACUCCGCAUUUUGAAAUUCCCUUGCCUCCCCUCCAGCCUGCUAUUUUCCCGCCCAAUUUCCGUGAAUUACAUCCACCGAAACUUGAACUUUUCGACCUUGAUGAUGUAUUUUCUUCGGUAGAUAUACGCCUUGCUCAACUCUGCAACAAAUGUGAGGACACCGAUCUCGAAUUUUUCAUCAUGGAGGCUUGUAAUUUAUUUGACAUUGCUCGCAAUUUACCAAAAGACGAUCGCUGUGCCAAAAGAGUUUUGGAAUAUGUUUUGCAUCAAGUUGUCGAGUUCAAGAAAUUAAAUCAAGAAGAUUACGAUGUGGAUAACAGCGCAAUUGAUGCAGAUAUUGAAUCACUGAAUGCAGAUGCAGAUGAUCAAGUUGUGAAUCUGGUCAAUAUGUAUGAUAAUGAACAUUAUUCCUAUGAGUCGGAAGAUUAUGAUGAUAUGUUGGCUUAA